AUGAAAUCGCCAAAAUCAAAUGGAUCAUCAAAUAAUAAAUUUACAAUCAGUGAAUUUGGAUAUUACAAAUAAUGUUCUCGUUUUCUUCCUACAGAAAGAGCUAGUGAAUUCUCAACUCAAGAUGCCAUCAUCUAUGACAGACUCAGAUAAGCAGGAAUGAAAAGAAAUUAAGCAUUAAAAUUUUGUAAAGGUUAACAUUGCAAAAUUGAUUCUACAUAACAAAAACAUGGACCACCUGGGUUCAAGAUUUUCAACACAAAAAUAGACAAACUUAAACAAUUAAAUGGGUAAUAAUAAUAAAUAAGAAUAGUUGGUAGAUGGUAGGAAGAUUGAAUUAUGAAUAAUCUAUGCGAGAAGAAUAUAGCAAUGAUUCUGAAUGGUAAAUAUAAGAUUAAAAUAAAGAAGAGCAAGAGAAAAUGGAAUAAUUAAAAUAAUUUUAUACUGACUUAGAUCUAAAGUAUUCAUUUAAUGAAAUGGACUCAUAAGAAACUUUAACUAAAUUGCGUUCUCUUUCAACAGAACAACAGUAUAGAAGCAGAGUUCCAUAAUAUUAAUUGAAAGAUGUCAAAAAUAAAAUGAUGUACUACGAAAUGGCAGAAUAUAUUUUACAAUUAAAAAAACCACCCAAUACACUCAUUUAAGAAUUGAAUGUCUUUGAUGAUACUAUUCCCUUAGUUAGACAGGAAUAUUUUGAUAUUUAGCCUAAAUAUAUAGAAAAGGCAACUCCCUUCUAUCCUAAAUAAAAUUGUGAAAAGAGAUCUAAAUUAUUGAAAGAAUUAACAAGAGCUUAUACUGGUAAUAUUACAAUCACAGAACCUGCUGAAGAGAUUAAAAAAGUAUCUUAAUUUUUAUAAUUUUGGCUAUUAGAUUUUCUUACAAAUUAGAUUUUAAUAAUAGUCAUUAUGUUAAGGGAUUUAAAUAGCAAACACCAAAUGAAUCUGUUCUCUCAAGUUUAAAUGAUAUUGAUUAACAAAGUACCAAGAAAAUAAAACAAAGAUGUAGUAUAAUGA